AGAAGACAAAGAAGAAGAAUGAAGCUUGUUCUGCUGCUGAGUGUGGGGCUGGGCCUGGCCUGGCCCCUACAAGGCGAGAAACUCCAUGUUUCUGUGUCGCAGGACUUCCACCCUGAGCAGGUGACAGGCUCUUGGCACACUCUUAAGCUGGCUUCCACUGACCGGUCUCUCAUUGAGGAAGGAGGUGCCUAUCUGUGCUUCAUGACUGGCAUUGUCCUCCUGGACAAUGGCAACUUGAAUGUCACCUACUUCCACAGAGAAGAUGGAAAAUGUGUGAAGAAAUUCUACAUUGCAGAGGAGACUGGCACACCUGGACACUAUACCUUCGAGUACCAAGGCAAAAACUAUCUUACUUUUGUGGAUGUUACUGAGGAUUUCACCAUCAUGGACUUGGAAAACCAGAGUGAAGGAGGCACCAUCAUUGUGUCUGAGCUUCAUGGCAGGAGUCUGUCCACGGAUGAGACUGAAUGGGAACUCUAUUACACUCACACCCGCAGAAGAAGCAUCGUACCAGAGAACAUUGUGGACCUUUCCUUGUCUCGUCGGUGUGACACACACUAA